AUGAGCUCCGAAAUCGACCGUCGAGCUGUACCGGACGAAGUCACGGCGCUGCUCACGGUCAAGAUCGGAGAAGUGUCGCGCACGUCGCGCAAACACCUGACGAUCAUCACCUUCAGCUUCCUCCUGUCCGAGGGACUGGACGUGCUCCGAGCCAAAGCGGACUCGUGCACGGAGAAGGUGCUGAGCAGCUUCCAGGGGGAGCGCCACGUGCGCCAAGACAUGGCCAUGUACAUGCGACCGGGCGCUCACUCGAAACAGGCGGAGCUGGUGCAGAUCACGCGCGACAAUUUCCAGAGCCGCGUGGACAGAAGCUACAGGAACUACCUCAAGCGCAAGACGCACGAGCCGUUCCAGUGCGAGAUCUACGUGUACGUCAAAAAGCUCGUGCCGUCGAGGCGUCGACGACUGAAGGAGACUGGAGCGGUAGUGGCGACGGAGGUUUCGGAGUUUAAGAGGAGUAGGUUGAUGUUUUCCGAAGAGGCGGAGGAAGAACACCAGACAAACGACACUUUGCAGGAGCAACAACAAGCUGAUGAUGGCGGCGGCGGCUAUUACCGUCCAGUGCGGAUGCUCGUGAACGGAGCUGUUGUGCCAGUGCAAGUGAAUGUGCAGGACCUCUUGGCCUGCUUCACGUCAUUCCAGCAGCGGACGCUUUUUGGAUCGACAGGUGAAGAUGCUCGUUGCGACUACGACCGAGGUGGUCAAUAA